CAUCAUUGGUUUAUUCACGUCCGCAUUCAUCCCCUUCAAGUCAUAUAAUGAAAUGAAAAACAAAUUCAACACCAUACACCUUCUAUCUUCCACCUCUAUCUCCUCUUAUGCUCAGCGAAGACAUUCCAUAUCUGACGACGACGAGGUAUGUCCAUGUUCUUGUCAAGAUCAGGCAAUGAAAACGUGGUUCACUGAUCAGAAUGUCAAAAGAAUAAGAGCUCAAAUCUGACUUCAGUUCUGAGAUCAAUACGCCAUUAUACACUCGGUUGAUUUUGAGGAUUAAUUGCUGCUGAAGUUUGUGAUUCGACUGGCCAAAUUGAUUGGCCAGAAUGGGGUUCGAUUUAGGGUUUUUGGUUGGGAAGAUGGGGAGUACUACACUGGCUACCUCGGAGUAUUCUUCUGUUGUUUCUAUGAACUUGUUUGUUGCUCUUCUUUGUGCUUGUAUUGUGAUCGGGCAUCUGUUGGAGGAGAAUCGCUGGAUGAAUGAGUCUAUCACAGCACUUGUUAUUGGUCUCUGCACCGGAGUUGUUAUUUUGUUAGCUAGUGGAGGAACAAGCUCACAUCUUCUAGUGUUUAGUGAAGAUCUUUUCUUCAUUUAUCUUCUUCCACCGAUUAUCUUCAAUGCUGGGUUCCAGGUUAAGAAGAAACAGUUUUUUCGCAAUUUCAUGACCAUUGUGCUAUUUGGGGCUGUUGGUACUGUUAUAUCUUUCACCAUCAUAUCAUUUGGUGCUACAAAGAUUUUCACGAAGAUGAAUAUCAGUGAUCUUGAGCUCGGAGAUUAUCUUGCAAUCGGUGCAAUCUUUUCUGCAACGGAUUCUGUUUGCACCCUACAGGUGCUCAAUCAAGAUCAGACCCCUUUGUUGUACAGUCUGGUGUUUGGGGAAGGAGUUGUGAACGAUGCCACAUCAGUUGUCAUAUUCAAUGCAGUUCAAAACUUUGAUUUAUCUCAGAUCACAACAGCUGUUGCUUUUCAGUUGAUUGGAAACUUCUUUUAUUUAUUUAUCACAAGCACACUUCUAGGAGCAGGAACUGGGCUACUUAGCGCAUAUGUUAUAAAGAAGCUAUACUUCGGAAGGCAUUCAACUGACAGAGAAGUUGCUAUUAUGAUACUCAUGGCGUAUCUUUCUUACAUGCUAGCUGAGUUAUUCUAUUUGAGUGGCAUCCUCACAGUGUUCUUCUGUGGAAUUGUGAUGUCUCACUACACUUGGCAUAAUGUCACAGAGAAAUCUAGAGUAACUACAAAGCAUGCCUUUGCAACACUGUCAUUUAUUGCAGAGUUAUUUAUCUUUCUCUACGUCGGUAUGGAUGCUUUAGAUCUUGAAAAGUGGAAGUUUGUAAAAGACAGCCCAGGGACAUCAGUUGAAGUGAGUGCGAUUUUAUUGGGAUUUGUUUUGGUUGGAAGAGCAGCCUUUGUCUUCCCGUUAUCAUUUUUAUCCAAUUUAACCAAAAAGGCCCAUCACGAGAAAAUCGAUUUCAGGCAGCAAGUUUUAAUAUGGUGGGCCGGUCUUAUGAGAGGUGCAGUGUCUAUGGCUCUUGCUUAUAACCAGUUUACUAGAAAAGGCCAUACGACAUUCACGGGGAAUGCUAUCAUGAUUACGAGCACCAUCACUGUUGUCCUUUUCAGUACAAUGGUAUUCGGUCUAAUCACGCAGCCUCUAGUGAGACUCUUGCUACCCGCACCCAAAACAUUGAACCGAAUGAUUUCUUCCGAACCAACAUCCCCUAAAUCAUUCACGGUACCACUUCUAGGAAACGGUCAGGAUUCAGAAGCAGAUUUCGGUCAACACGUCCCCCGUCCUUCAAGUCUACGGAUGCUUCUUUCAACGCCAUCUCACACCGUCCAUCAUUACUGGAGAAAAUUCGAUAACGCCUUUAUGCGUCCUGUUUUCGGUGGUCGUGGGUUCGUACCCUUCAUCCCGGGUUCCCCAACUGAUCAAAGUGUUCAUCAAAGUCAGCAGCAUCUAGUGGCCGAAGAACCAACUAGAAAUCAGGAAUGUUAAUAGAUUGGGUGACGUUAGGUUUGUUGGUUUAUGUCCAGUUUUGGUUUUUUUGUUAAAGGUGAAUUUCACCAGUGACUAGUGUGAGUAUAGAUUACUUUGAUGUCAUCUCUUCUUGUACGAAACUUUAUUUGUUAAGCCUUAUAUUUAUGUAUUUAAUUGCAUUUGUAUGUAAAUGAAAGUCACCUAUUAUUUAUUA